CAAAAACAUCAUCGUUCGAUAGCUCGAUCCUUCAAGAUGCUGUCAUCCGCAGGUCUCGGGGCCGCCCGUCGCGUGCUCACCAGCUCCGGCGCAGCAGCCCCAUGGCAUCAAUUCUCCGGCCUGGCAGCCCGCGCGCUCGUCCUGCGCCUCGCCGCGCCCUCGGUGCGCACCAUCAGCUUGUCGGCGUCUAUGCGCUCGCCCGCCGCGAAGGCCACCAGCGCUUCCAAGUCCACCACCAAGAAGACGACAAAGCCAAAGAGCUCUUCUACUACCAAGAAGUCGACGGCCAAGAAGGCGGCCAAGCCCAAGGCCAAGAAGCCCGCCAAGAAGGCCGUCAAGAAGAAGGCCGCGGCCAAGAAGCCCAAGGCGGCCAAGAAGAAGACGUUGACGGAUGAGCAGAAGGAGAGGCUGGAGAUUCGGAAGCUGAAGCAGAUGUCGCUGCUCAAGGGACCGACUGCCCUCCCGGAGACGGCGUGGAGCGUGUACAUGGUGGACAACUUGCGCGGUGGUACCGGCGGCGACGCUUUGGGGGACAAGGUCAAGGCGCUUUCUACGAGUUUCAAGAACUUGCCCGAGUCCGAGAAAGAGCGCUUGGCAGCCAUUGGCAACUCCAACAAAAUCGCCAACCAGGAGGCCAAGAAGAAAUGGAUCGAAUCCUUCCCUCCUGAGGCGAUCUACACGGCCAACCUGGCCCGCCGUCGCCUGGCCCGCAAGACGGAUAAGACCAAGAUCUACUUGCUCCACGACGAGCGACUCCCUCACCGUACCGGAUCCGGCUUCACUCUUUACAUCAAGCAGAACUUUGGCCAGUCAGGCGCCGAUUCCGCCACGGAUGCUAUGCGCACCAUGAGCGAGCGCUGGAGGUCGUUGAGCCCUGAUGAGAAGGCUCCUUACGUGGAAGAAGCCACUGAGCUCAACAAGGUGAGCGGGGAGAAGGUCAAGGCUUUGCGCAAGAAGGGCGAGCUGUACUGGAAGGAGAAGCUCGCCUCGCCUUCGCCUGCGGCAUAG